UUAUGCCAAAAAAAACAUAAAUAAAACUUUACAGAACUUGCAAGUCACCUCAUUUUUAUAUUCAUAUCCUUCUGCCACUCUGCAUGUAAAAAGAUGCCCCAAAUUUCCAUUAAUUUCCAUUUAAGCGCCUCUCUUGACUCCUCAAAACCCACUCCACCUCACAGUCUUUCGUCGUCAGUCACUGCAUUCCCUUAAAACCAAAGCUACGCUUCCUCUCUCUCUCUCUCUCUCUCUAAAAACUCUGCUAUUCUGUCUCGUAUAAUAAGACUAUUCAACUUUCUAUCUCUAUAUCCACUGCAUCACACGGCACUCCUCUCUGUUUAUCUCUCUAAAAUUAAUAGAUACCUAUCAUCGAAUUCCUAAUUCCUUCCUUUUUCAUUAAUUUCAUCAAUGGAGGCAUCGGAUUUCUUCUACGGCGGCUACUACGGCGCCGGUUCCGGUGACCAUUUCUCCCAGGAUAAGAGAAUUUCCGAGCAGAAACCCGGCGACCACUUCGCCAUUGAUGACCUCCUUGAUUUCUCCAACGAUGACGCCAUUAUGACUGAUGGAUUCUUCCAUCAUAGUAGCGAUAAUGUCAUCAGAAACAAUUCUUCUGAUUCUUUCCUGUUAGCCUCCAUAGAUAGCUGCAAUUCCUCUGUUUCAGGCGUCGAAAACAAUUUUAUCGGCGUCGGUUCUCAGUUCUCCGGCGAGCUCUGCGUUCCGUACGAUGACGUGGCGGAGCUUGAAUGGCUGUCGAAUUUUGUGGAGGACUCGUUCUCAGCCGAGCAUGACGUGGAUGCCAAAUACCACUAUUUACCCGGACCCAAGGCACCCACACCCGAAUCCUCCUCCUCUGACAGUCAUUCGGAGCAGACCCGGAGCCAGGCCAACGCAAUUUUUCAAACCGAUGCCCCUCUCCCAGGGAAGGCCCGUUCCAGGCGCUCGCGGGCUGCUCCUUGUGACUGGACCACGCGCCUCCUUCGUGUCUCUCCCACCACCAAACCCGUACCUGCCAAGAAACGAGAGAACCCGAACUCGAAUUCAGAGUCGGAUACGGGACCUGUUCGGAAAUGUCUGCAUUGCGCAUCCGAGAAAACUCCGCAGUGGCGGACUGGGCCAAUGGGGCCGAAAACUUUGUGCAAUGCGUGUGGGGUACGGUACAAGUCGGGUCGGUUGGUACCCGAAUAUCGACCCGCUUCGAGUCCGACGUUUUUGUCCGCGAAGCAUUCCAAUUCCCAUAGGAAGGUAUUGGAGCUUAGGAGGCAGAAAGACUUGCAGAGAUCACAGCAUCAGCAGUUCCUUGGUCAAAGUUCAAUGUUCGGCAUAUCCAACGGUGCUGAUGAUUUCUCGAUCCAUCACCAUAGUGGGCCCGACUUCAGGCACAUGAUCUAGGACAUUGAAUUACAAAACCUCAAAAAAGAAUUCUAGUUUAUUUUCAAUUUUGGUCCUUCAAGAUCUAAUUUCUUGUUCCUUUUCUUUUUUUUUUAAAAAAAAAAAAGUGGAGGGAGGAGGAAAUGUCUAGACUGUAGCGUAAUCAUUUUGCAAUCUGAAUUUUUGGAGCACUCAAUCUUCAUGAAAAAUCUUUUGUUAUCCUACCCAUAAUUACA